AUGGCUGAAUGUCUGCCACCACCUCAGCCUUGUAACGGCAAUAAGUACAAGUACCAGUCUACGCAAGAUGGUGCAUUUAUUUUUCGGAUCGAGCAACAUCACAGUGAAGCGUUCCAAGUCAUGAAUGAACUACGUUAUAAUAAACACUUGUGCGAUGUGACAAUCCAAGUUGAAGACAAGGAAUUUUACGCACACAAAGUUGUUCUCGCAUCUUCCAGUUCGUAUUUCAGAGCCAUGUUCACCAGUGGGUUUGGAGAAUGCAAAAAAAAUAAAAUAGAAAUAAAGGAAACCCAUCCGUGCGUCUUCGCGCUCCUUGUGGAUUUCGCCUAUACCUCAACUAUACUCGUCAAUGAAUGGAAUGUUUUGAAAUUAUUGACGACUGCCAUUAUGUUCCAAAUGAACCAUGUGGUGAAUGCAUGUUGUCAGUUUCUCGAACACCAGCUAGAUCCCAGCAAUUGCAUCGGCAUCGCUGGAUUUAGUAAAGAAUAUUCCCUAGUGGAGCUUCACGAGACAUCGAUGGCUUUUAUUUGUAAGAAUUUUCGUGAGGUGUCCAAAACAGAAGAGUUUAUGAAUCUCAACUUGUUCCAGCUGGUAAAGCUUGUUAGCCAAGAUCGUUUAAAUGUAAUGUGUGAAUCGGAAGUCUACAAUGCUUGCCUGCAGUGGAUAAAACACGAUGAAUGUGGCAGGCGUACAUGCUUUAAUAAACUUCUUGGUGGUGGUAUCCGUUGCAGUCAACUGACCCCAAACUUUCUUAAAAAACAGCUACAACAUUGUAACAUUUUGAAAUGCGAACCUAAAUGCAAAGAUUACUUAGCUAAGAUAUUUCAGGAUCUUACUCUCCAUAAGAAAAUGGGUGAGAAAGGCCGCAUCCCUCCUUCCCACUGUGUGAUUUACUCGGCUGGGGGAUAUCUGCGUCAUUCUCUUAGCAAUAUGGAAUGUUAUUAUCCCGAAUCGAACAGCUGGAUACGACUAGCAGAUCUUCCCGAGCCCCGGAGUGGCCUGAGUGCGGUCACCAUUCAUGGGACGUUCUUCGCAGUGGGUGGUCGGAAUAACUCUCCUGAUGGAAACAUGGAUUCCAACAGUUUAGAUGCUUAUGAUCCAAUCACCAAUACUUGGAAAAUAUGUCAACCAAUGAAUUUUCCACGCAAUAGAGUGGGUGUUGGUGUUAUUGAUGGAUUGCUGUAUGCAGUGGGUGGAUCUCAAGGUUGUCGUCAUCACAACACAGUUGAAAGGUAUGACCCUAAAGAAAAUACCUGGACACAAGUAGCGUCAAUGCAUACGUCUCGAAUUGGUGUGGGCUGUGCUGUAGCCAAUCGCUUACUCUACGCGAUCGGUGGAUACGACGGAACGAACAGACUGAAGUGUGUUGAAUGUUACUAUCCAGAAACCGAUGAAUGGAAAUGCAUGGCGUCCAUGAAUACUACUAGGAGCGGUGCAGGUGUAGCGGCUAUAGAUAAUCAGAUUUAUGCUGUGGGUGGUUAUGAUGGUACAAGUCAACUGAACAGUGUCGAGAGAUACGAUAUAGAGAAUAACACGUGGUGCUAUGUAGCGAGUAUGAAUUCAAGGCGUAGUGCUUUAAGCGUUGCUGUGCUGUAUGGUAAACUAUUUGCUUUAGGCGGUUAUGAUGGUUCUGAUUUCCUGGCUACAGUUGAAGUGUAUGAUGCUGCAGCAGACUCAUGGAAUAUUCUUAGUCAAAUGAGUACAGGCCGUAGUGGUGCUGGUGUUGCUGUCGGAAUGGAACCCUGCCUCAAUAGGUGA